ACACAUACACAAAUGUAAAUUGUAAAUAAACAUGUGAGCCUGUGUGAGUCUAUCGUGGCUGGAUGUGACUCACCUGGUUAUGGACAUGAUGGGCCACAUGGAAAAUUGAUAAACAUUUUUUCUUCAGUUGCAAAUUACCUCUUCAAGGUGCAACCCACUUUUGUCAAUUGGUUCGGCGAGCCACGUCAUUUAUUAUUUUUUUUUUUUAUUUCAAAUUUCACAAUUUAUAAUAGUCUAAAAUUUAUAAAAAUUUAUUUAAACAUUAUAAGUAGAAGUAGUAGUAUUUUUUUUUUUUUUAAUCAAUUUAGUUUAUCAUAUUUAUUAAUUAAAAUUAAUUUUUUAUGUGAAAAAAUAAUCAAAUAAAUUCACAUAAAUAUUAUUAGAAAUCGCUUGUAAAUUUAAAAAAUUCACAAUCUUUUUUUUUUGUUUGUGAAUAAAUUAAUUGAUAAUAAUUUUUAAUUUAUCAUUUAUAUAAUAAUUUAAUAAAAACAAAAUGUUUUUUGUUUGUGUAACUGUUGGACUUGUAUUUUUUGUAUCAAAAUAUCGUGAUAAUGUUUUACGUGGAGUACAAAAUUUGUGUCAAGGAAUUAUCACAAGUACCACUUGUCCAUCUGAUAAAAUUCAAGAUGAAAAUAUAAAUAAUAUUAAUAAUGAAAAUAAUAUUAUUUUAUAUAAAAAUCCAGAAUAUAAAUUAAACAAAAUAAUACUUGCUGAUUCAUUGGAUUCAAGUGAUCAUGCUGUUCAACAUCUUUAUUGUAAUUUAACAAAUAGUAUUUUGGGUUUUGAUUGUGAAUGGGUAAACAACGGACCAGUUACACUACUACAACUAGCAACUGACAAUGGUGUCUGUGCAUUAUUUCGUAUUGGAAAAAUUGGAUUUGUACCACCAAAACUCAAGGAAUUAUUAUCCAAUAAAAGUAUAUUAAAAAUUGGUGUUGAACCAUUUGAAGAUGGAAAAAAAUUAACAAGAGAUUAUGGUUGUCGUGUUUUUGGUACACUUGAUUUACGAACAUUUGCUGAGUACAUGUCAUUACCAAGUUGUCAAGGAUUAUCUGCUCUAAGUCUUAAAUAUCUUGGUGUUGAAUUAAAUAAAAAAGAACAAAUUAGAUGUAGUAAUUGGGAUGCUGAAUAUUUAAAUGAAGAACAAAAAUUAUAUGCUGCUUGUGAUGCUCUUGUUGCUUGUCUGAUUUAUCAACAAAUGAAUGAAAAAAUUAAUCAAAGACGUACAAUAUUUAAUCGUUUAGUUGUAUUUAUAAAAUCAACAUACAUCAAAAAAUCACAAUACAAUUAUUUUUCUCACAAUGUACCACUUGGUCUAAUUGAUGUCAAAUAUAGUAAAUCAUCAUCAUCAUCAUCAGCAUCAUUAAAAAGUAAUAAUAAUGCUAUUGAAAAUACUCCUCAUAAAUAUCAAUUAAAACGUGUUUUAUCAGAGUCAAAAUCCAAUGUUUCAUUAACAAGAAAAGAUGUAUUGUAUGAAAAUUGUUAUUUAAAAGCACCAGAUGGUGAAACAUUGUGUUCAUGUGAUCGUAAAAAAGCUGAAUGGUACAUUGCUAAAGGAUUAGCUGUAAAAGUAAAUGAUGAUCCAUUUACAGUUCGAUUAAAUUUUGAACCAUCUGCACGUUGUCGUGGAGAUAUUGGAGAAUAUUACACUCAAAUUAGACUUAAUCAGUGUGUUGUAUGUGGAUCUCAAGAUAAAUUUAUUAAAAAAAAUAUUAUUCCACGAGAAUAUCGUAAAUAUUUUCCAAUUGUUAUGAAAUCACAUCAAUCACAUGAUUGUCUGUUGCUUUGUCCAACUUGUCAUGACACAAGUAAUAGACAAGAUCUCAUAUUUAAACGACAUCUUGCUAUAACUUGUAAUGCACCACUAUCACCAUCAUCAUCAUCACCAACAACACAAUCAAAAAAUAAUCAACAACGUAGCAAACGUAAUUAUCAAAAUGCUGUCAAGGUUUUGAAUGAAAAGUAUAAUUUUCUACCACAACAAAGACGAGAAGAACUUGAACAACAAAUAAAUGAAUAUAAUAAUCAUCAAAAUGAAUUAUCAAUAAAUGAAUCUUCUGAUAAAUCAUCAACACAUGGACAAAAAGUUGUUGAAUAUUUUAAACAUACUGAUGGUGGUCUUGUUAGUUUAGAAAAACAAUGGCGUGAACAUUUUUUAAAUACAAUGGAACCACAAUAUUUACCACCUCUUUGGUCAGUUGAUCAUAAUCAAAGACGUCUUGAAAGAAGAAUAACUGAAAAUAGAAUUGAGCCAGAAGAUGCUAAAAUUGCUGGAAUUAUUACAUAAAUUAAAUAUCAAUUAUUCAAUUAUAUAUUAAAUCUUGUUAUAUAAACUUUUUUUUUUUUUUUAAAUUAAAAUUAAAAAUAAUGUAUAAUAAUUUCUAUGAAAAUUAUUAUUGCUUGAAAAGACUCGUUUAUGACCGAGUUCUUUACCUGUAAAUAAAAAAAGAAAAACAAAAAUAAAUUUAAAAAAUAAAUUAUCAACAA